CCCUCUCUCUCCCGCCAUCACUUAAUAUCUUUCUGCAGGUUCGUCACCUCCUUUUCUGUUUAUCAUCCUUCAGUUUCAUUGGUGUCUUUCUGAAUCUGUCCCGGAAUCGAUGUCAUCCGUAGAUAUGGUCUGUGUAAAUUCUUCUUUAUAUUCCAACUUCAUUAGUAAUGUCUCCUCAAAAUCUCUCAGGCGAUUAUUUCAAUUCCCCCCGCCUAAUGCUAGGAGGUCGCAAUCUGGCUUUAAUCUCCGUUCAAAUAUUCAAGCUUUACCAGCGUCGUCUUCUUCCAUUGCCGGUAGGAGGAAGAAGAAGAAGAAGAAAUAUGGAGGUGUAUUGCCUUCGAUUCUGCGGUCAUUGGAGUUGGGGGAUGAUGUAGAAAAUACCCUUGAUACGUUUGGUGAGAAUCUGAGUCCAAAAGAGCAGACAGUUAUUCUUAAAGAACAAAGAAGCUGGGAACGACUGAUUCGGGUUUUUGAGUGGUUCAAGUCUCAGAAAGAGUAUGUCCCCAAUGUGAUUCACUAUAACGUUGUGCUUAGAGCUCUUGGAAAAGCUCACAGAUGGGAUGAAUUGAGGCUUUGUUGGAUAGAAAUGGCAAAAAGUAGCAUUUUGCCCACGAACAACACUUAUAGCACGCUUGUUGAUGUGUAUGGUAAAGCGGGUCUAGUAAAAGAAGCCCUUUUGUGGGUUAAACAUAUGAGACUGAGGGGAUAUUUCCCAGAUGAGGUUACCAUGAGUACGGUUGUUAAGGUCUUGAAGGAUGCAGGAGAAUUUGAUAUAGCAGAUGAAUUCUACAAGAGUUGGUGUGCUGGGAGAGUUGAAAUAGAUAUUGCUGAUUUAGAAGAUUCUUUAACUGAUACUGUGAAUGGAUCUGGAUCAAUCUCCCUUAGUUUUAAGCAUUUUCUUUCUACUGAACUCUUCAAGACAGGUGGGAGAAUUCCUGCUUCCAGUAUUGUGGCUUCAUCAAAUACCGAGAAGCCUCCAGGAAAACCUCGGCUCACUUCCACUUAUAACACCUUGAUUGAUUUGUAUGGCAAGGCCGGGCGGCUAAAGGAUGCUGCCGAUGUGUUUGCUGAUAUGUUAAAAUCUGGGGUGGCCAUGGAUACAAUCACUUUUAAUACUAUGAUCUAUAUUUGUGGAAGUCAUGGUGAUUUGUUGGAAGCUGAAUCUUUGCUUGGUAAAAUGGAAGAAAGGGGUAUAUCGCCUGAUACUAAAACUUAUAACAUCUUGUUGUCUUUGUAUGUUAAUUUGGGGAAUAUUGAUGCAGCUCUCAGUUGUUAUAGGAGGAUCAGAGAGGCCGGACUCUUCCCAGAUGAUGUGACUUACAGAGCUCUUCUGGGGGCAUUAUGUGAGCGAAAUAUGGUUCAAGCUGUGGAGGCUUUAAUGGAUGAAAUGGAAAAUUCUCGUGUUUCCCUAGAUGAGCAUUCCCUUCCCGGUAUUAUCAAGAUGUAUAUAAAGGAAGGAGCACUUGACAAGGCAAAAGACCUGCUUCAUAAUUGCCAAGUAAAUGGAGGGCCAUCGUCUAAGAUAUGUGUUGCAAUUAUGGAUGUUUUUGCUGAACAAGGACUUUGGGCUGAAGCAGAGAACAUUUUUUUCAGGAAACGAGACAUUGCGGGACAGGGAAGGGACAUUGCAGAAUACAAUGUCAUGAUCAAAGCAUAUGGCACAGCAAAACUUUAUGACAAGGCUGUUUCUCUUUUCAAGGGAAUGAGAAAUCAGGGGACUUGGCCUGAUGAAUGCACUUAUAAUUCCAUCAUCCAAAUGUUAUCUGGUGCUGAUUUAGUGGACCAAGCAAGAGAGCUAUUGACUGAAAUGCUGGGAAUGAAAAUUAAGCCACCUUGUCAAACCUUCUCAGCUGUUAUUGGAUGCUAUGCACGCCUCGGUCAGCUUUCAGAUGCUGUCAGUGUAUACCAGGAAAUGCUGCAAGUUGGAAUAAAACCAAAUGAAGUUGUGUAUGGAUCUUUAAUAAAUGGGUUUGCAGAAUAUGGUAGUCUUGAAGAGGCACUCAAAUACUUCCAAAAGAUGGAAGAGUCUGGAAUAUCAGCAAAUUUAAUUGUGUUGACAUCCUUGCUGAAGGCUUAUUGCAAGAUUGGUAGCUUGGAAGGAGCAAAAGCCAUCUACGAAAGAAUGAAGGACUUGGAAGGUGGUCUUGAUAUUGUUGCAUGCAAUAGUAUGAUUGGUCUCUUUGCAGAUCUUGGCAUGGUAUCUGAAGCCAAGCUGGUUUUUGGGAACUUGAGAGAAAAGGGUUGGGCAGAUGGUGUUUCAUAUGCUACGAUGAUGUAUCUUUAUAAAAACAUCGGCAUGCUUGAUGAUGCCAUUGAAAUUGCAGAAGAGAUGAGACUAUUGGGUUUACUCAAUGACUGUGUUUCAUAUAAUAAGGUACUGGUGUGCUAUGCCAGCAAUGGGAAACUUCGUGAAUGUGGUGAGCUAAUGCAUCAGAUGAUAUCUCAGAAUUUUUCACCAAAUGAAGGAACUUUUAAAGUGUUAUUCACUGUUUUGAAGAAGGGAGGGUUUCCGAUUGAAGCGGUAACACAGUUAGAGUCAUCCUAUAGGGAUGGAAAACCUUAUGCUCAACAAGCAGCCAUUGCUGCUUUAUACUCCAUGGUGGGUAUGCAUGCUUUGGCACAAGAAUCUGCUCAAGUAUUCAUAGAAUCUGGUGCUGUUCUUGAUUCUUUUGCAUAUAAUGUGGCCAUCUAUUGUUAUGGUUCAGCUGGAGAUGUUGACAAGGCAUUAAAUGUAUACAUGAAAAUUCUGGACAAGGAAGUGGAACCGGACAUUGUAACACAUAUUAAUCUGGUAGUUUGUUAUGGAAAAGCUGGCAUGGUUGAAGGUGUGAAGCGAAUAUACAGCCAAGUAAAAUAUGGAGAAAUUGAGUCGAGUGAAUCGCUUUUGAAGGCUAUCAUAGAUGCCUAUAGAAUGGCCAACCGGCAGGACCUUUCUGAGUUGGUUAGCCAAGAGAUGAGUCUUACGUUGAACAAAGAAGAAUGUUCUGAAACUGAAACUGAAACUGAAGAAGAAUCUGAUGAAUCUUCUUUAAGCCUUUAAAAUUUCAAGUAGCUGUAUAACAAGUUCAUUUAUGCAUACUGUACAGAGGUGGGUUUCUUUAGGCAUCAGAACUGUAUAUAUGGGAGAGGUUCGACGUUUAAAGCUUCUAACUAUCCAUGUAAUGGAGUCUGAUAUCUUAUGAGUCUAUUUGCUGUGCUGUUUUUUGCAUUUUGCUUUCUUCAAAGCUUCUAUUUUUGGGAGGAUACAGAAACUCUUGAAGUAUACUUUUCCUUUAUGUUGUAAAAUUUUUGCUAUUCAAUAUAUCAAAGGCUGUCUUUGUAGACCGUGAGCUGUACUUGUGUGCAGUUAAUUUA